CGCGCUGGGCACGGGGGGAGGCAGCGAGCCCGUGCCCGGGGGGCUCGAGCCGUUCCUAAAUUAGAUAAUAACGCUGAUAAUGAUAAUAAUGAUGAUGAUGAUGGUGCGAUCAAACCCUCCCCUCCCCCUAAUCCCGAGCGCUCGGAGGCUCAGCCGAGCGGCAGGGUGGUGAUAUAAUAUCGAGCCCGUCAGGUUAUUUGCAAUUCCAUCCCCAGCCCUGUGUAGGCAGCUGGGGCUGCGCGAAUUCCCGGUUUUCCGCGGAGCUGCCGCUUCCUCCAGCCCAGAGCCGGCUGGAUUUGGAUCCCGAGAUCCCGAUUUUCAUCCUGCUGUGCUGCGCAGGGGAUGGAGCCGGGGCUGUGCGGCUGCCGGAGGGGGUUCGGUGGCUUUCCCCGGGUGGAUGAGCAUCGCUGCAGCGGGAAACGAGGGAAUCGCGGCUCCGGAUGAUUUUUUUCUGGCCGAGCCGUGGAGAUGCGGGUCGGGGGAAGGAGGAGGAGGAGACGCUGGAUUGGGGUUUCUCGGCAUAAAAAAGGGGAUGGGGAGGAAAUAUGGGCUCCAGGCACAGGAUGCUUCAGGGAGCUGUGUCUGAUCCUGUGUGGGAAAAGCCCCUGGGCAUGACAGGAAUUUUAUCCUCUGUCGUCUGUCUCGGCCCUGCUUCUUUCCUCAUUUCUUCACCCCCAGCCCAUGCAGGACUGAAAAAGCGCACCAGGAAGGCCUUUGGCAUACGCAAGAAAGAAAAGGACACUGACUCCACAGGGUCACCAGACAGGGAUGGCAUCAAGAAAACCAACGGAGCCCCAAAUGGAUUUUAUGCAGAGAUCGACUGGGACAGAUAUAACUCACCUGAGCUGGAUGAGGAGGGAUACAGCAUCCGACCUGAGGAACCAGGAUCUACCAAAGGAAAGCACUUCUACUCCUCCAGCGAGUCGGAGGAGGAGGAGGAGGCGCACAAGAAGUUCAACAUCAAGAUCAAGCCCCUGCAGGCCAAGGACGUCCUGCGCAGCGCCGCCACCGUGGACGAGCUCAAGGCCUCCAUCGGCAACAUUGCACUUUCUCCAUCCCCCGUGAGGAAAAGUCCGCGGCGCAGCCCGGGAACGAUUAAAAGGAAUUUAUCCAGUGAGGAGAUCACGCGGCCCCGGCGCUCCACGCCCACGCCAGACCCCGCCAGCAAGAAGCCCGGGGAGGAUCCGGCGGCGCUGGCCCCGCUCUUCGGGCCCCCGCUGGAGUCGGCCUUCGAGGAGCACAAGCUGGAGGCUGCUCUGGACCAGCCUGAGAUAUGGGGGUCGGUCCAGCCCAUCAACACAAACGUAGAGUCCCCGAAACUUCCAAGACCUUUUCCAACUGGAACCCCUCCGCCGCUCCCCCCGAAGAACAUCCCGGCCACGCCGCCGCGCACCGGCUCCCCCCUGCCCCCGGCCAUCGGAGGGGACCAGGCAGCAGCAGAGCCCAAACGGGACAAACCCCCGUCCAUCAAUGACUUGGACAGCAUUUUUGGCCCCGUGCCGUCCCCCAAAUCUGCUGCUGCCGCCGCGGAAGACAAGUGGGUCAAUUUUUCCGAUCAGUCCCCGGAGAACGCGCCUCCGCAGUUGUCGCCCCGGGAGCGAGCGCCGUCCCCGGCGGCGGCCGCGGGCAGCCCGGCCAGCGCUCCGGCCGAGCCUCCCCGCCCGCUGCCCUCGCCGCUGCAGCUGGAAGACGCUCCCAAGAAGCUUCCCGAGCAGCCCCAGCUUAAGGAUGAUUCCGCCGAGCCGGUCGCCUCUCCCAAAGAUUUUGGGCCGGGCCAAAGAGCCACCCCGCCGCCCCCUCCGCCGCCCACCUACCGCGCGGUGGUGUCGUCCCCCGGACCGGGCGCCAGCACGGGAAGCACCAGCGGUUCCUCGUCCCCGGCCCGCCCCGGCACGCCGCUGGCCACGUGUGGCACCCCCCCGCCGCCACCACCCCGGCCCCCGUCCCGGCCCAAGCUGCCCCCGGGCAAACCCCCCGUCAGCGAUGUGUCCAGGCCUUUUAGCCCUCCCAUCCACUCCUCCAGCCCUCCUCCGAUAGCACCUUUAGCCCGUGCUGAAAGUACUUCUUCCAUCUCUUCCACCAAUUCCCUGAGUGCAGCCACCACUCCCACCGUUGAGGAUGAUGCUUUUGUUGACAAACUGCCCGCGUUUGAAGGGCGCAGUGAAACGCCGGCAGAGAAUGAACAGCCUUCCCUCGUUUGGUUUGACAGAGGAAAGUUUUAUUUGACUUUCGAAGGCUCGUCGAGGGGCCCCAGCCCCCUGACCAUGGGGGCACAGGACACCCUGCCCGUGGCCGCCGCCUUCACCGAAACCGUCAACGCGUACUUCAAAGGGGCUGACCCCAACAAGUGCAUCGUGAAGAUCACGGGGGAGAUGGUGCUGUCCUUCCCGGCGGGCAUCACCCGACACUUUGCCAACAACCCCGCCCCAGCCGUGCUUACCUUCCGCGUGCUCAACUUCAACCGGCUGGAGCACGUCCUGCCAAACCCCCAGCUCCUCUGCUGUGACAACGUGCAGAGUGACUCCAACUCCAAGGAGUUCUGGGUCAACAUGCCAAAUCUGAUGACUCACCUAAAGAAGGUAUCGGAGCAGAAACCUCAAGCCACCUAUUACAAUGUGGAUAUGCUCAAAUACCAGGUGUCUGCCCAGGGUAUUCAGUCUACUCCAUUAAACCUUGCAGUGAGCUGGCGGUGUGACCCUGCAAGCACUGACCUGCGCAUCGACUACAAAUACAAUACAGAGGCAAUGACCACGCCUGUAGCUCUAAACAACGUCCAGUUCCUCGUCCCCGUCGACGGAGGAGUAACCAAACUUCAAGCUGUGCUUCCUCCUGCUGUCUGGAAUGCUGAACAGCAAAGGAUAUUGUGGAAGAUCCCUGAUAUCUCCCAGAAGUCAGAAAAUGGAGGUGUGGGGUCGCUGCUGGCGCGGUUCCAGCUGUCGGAGGGGCCGAGCUCGCCGGCCCCGCUGGCCGUGCAGUUCACCAGCGAGGGCAGCACCUUGUCCAGCUGCGACAUCGAGCUGGUGGGCGCCGGCUACCGCUUCUCCCUCAUCAAGAAGAGGUUUGCGGCAGGUAAAUAUUUGGCGGAUAACUGAUGGAAGCUUAUGCAAGUCCAUGGAAAAUACUAUGGAAAAUACCCAAGGACUGCUGUGCGUGGAACGGGUUUUAAUUACAGUUUAAGGAAAAUGAACUAAAUCCUGCACUCGGGACAUUUCUGUUGGAAGUGUCGACAACUUUCAGCAUUUUUUUUCCUUGGAAAACACCGUCUUGACCAGUCCUCCAGUAUUUACUUCUAGAUGUAACAUUGUUAAUGGUUUUAAAAUGUAAUUAUUGUAUUUGUAAAUUGUACUCAUUCCAGUAAGGCUGUAUUUUGGCAGUUAGACACUUGAGUUUUAGCAUUUUACCAUUCAUGAAAUGGAUGUAAUUUAAACUGUGGUAUAUAAAUCUAAUAGUAGUACUGUUGAAUGGCACAAUGCUUACAGAGGUAGAUUGCAUUUUGUCAAUAUAUACAAUUUAAAUACGAUACUGGUAGCUGUUAUGAAGGGGGUGCCUCAUCAAAAGAGAGUUCAGUAGGGCCCACAGGCUGAUUUAAUUUUCCUUCAGUCCUUAGUACGUCUCACAGCAAUCAAUACAAACCUUCAGGUUUAGCUGGUUUAACUCCAGAAAAAUAUUCUUGGAAAGGUGGAGGUUCCUAGGACAGUCUCCCAGGAAGGAAAUCUCACUUCUGCAAGGAGUAUUAACUCCAAAUCUCCACCCCUGUGCUCUCUUACAGCUGCAGAUUUCCUGUUGGAAUCCCAGCAGCUCUUCCCUGCCCCGUGCCCGUGUAUUUUGUGGGGACACAGAUGAGGAAAGAAGCAGCAGAGAGGCUGGGUGGUCCCUCUGAGCUCCCAGCACUGGCACAAAAUGCCACUGUUGGGUUCAAGGAUGCGUUUUCCGAGCUGCCUCUGGACUCUCGGUUGUGUUUUUAUGUUGCUUUGCUGGCUUUUUUCUGCCUUUCCCCCCCCAUUUUCGAAAGCUCUACGGGUUUAGAAAAUGCUUUAAAGGAUUGCAGCCGCACCUGCUUCUCUAUUUUAGCUCUCAGGCAGGGAAAUGUGUAUGGAAAAACACUGGGAAAGAAUUCCCCAGGGAGCAGGAGCAGCACGGGGGCUGUUGAUAGCAGCCAGGGCAGGAUCCCAGCUCGGCAGCACUGGGAGCAGCUGUCUUGCAGAGAUGGGAAAACACAUGGAAGUGCUAAACUGGAGAAUGGGGGACGGAAUAUUCUCCCUCUGUGCUCUCCCUGUCCCACUGUGGGCUGCUGAUUCCCGUGGAUGUCGGUCUCAUCCCGCUCCUGGCAGCACGGUGAGAGCAUUGGUGGCAUUCAUGGCGCUGCAGCUGCUGAGCUGGGCUGGUGAAACUGGAGAAUUUGGCAAUUCUGGGGAGAAAAGUGAAGGAAUCUUUGUGAAAUUAAUCACAGAUGCACAGAGGAGCAUCCAUGAAUGGGGUGCUGGGACUUUGGGAAUGUGUAAGGUGACAAAAAGUGCUGAUUUUCCAGGUGUUGCCAGGAUCAGAGUGGUGCAUUUACGCUGGAAAACAGCCUGGGCGUGUUGGGAAGUGCUUGCUCAUGGAGCAGUUUGAUGAAGGAAAACAGAGAUCUGUGCCCAUCUAAAGAGAAAAGAAGGAAAUUUGGGGAUAUUUCAGGUGUGAGGUGGCUCCCAGGCUGAGAUGUGGGGGGUGAGCUGUGUGUGAGUUGACUGAAGGCAGCAGCAGGAAAGGAAAAGCACAAUUCACUCCUGCAGCUUCCCACAUCCUCACAGAUUUUGGGAGCCCACUCCCCAGUGUUCCACUCCAUGAAUGAUUCUCCCCCUGAACUGGAAAUUUGUAUAAAAUGUGCAGCUCACCCCUUUCUGACGCAGAAAAAUAGGGGCAAACCCUAAAAAUCAAGUUUAUGGUGUGUACAAUUGUCCAAACCCAUCCUUCCAAAAGAGAUCUAUGGCAUAGACCUGAAAAAAAAAUGGAUUUAUAAUGUAAAUAUUACCAGAACAUAGAGAUUUUACUUUAUAUUUCAUUUGAAAGACAAGGUGUUUACAUUAGCACUGGGUUUUUGAGUGCUUUUUGAACAGAAAAACCCAUAACCCAAAGCUCCCAAGCUCACCCUGUUUGAGCUGGUGAACAAAACAGAGGUCACUUCUUGGGGACACAGCCCUCACAGCCUGGAGAGAGAGAUGGGAACAGCCUGGGACAUUUUGUCCUAUUUCUGGGACAUGUGGGAUGUGCCAGCACUCCCAGCCCCACAGGGACACAGUCCCAGCUCCAGGCACUGGCAGGUGACACCAACCCUGUGACACUGGGACCAAAAGCAGCGAUUUGGGACAGGUUUUUCCAUCCUGUUCUUGCCAGUUUUUGGCACAGGGUUUUCUCAGAGUGCUCUGGGGUCUGUUUGGAGUUUGCUGAGAGCACCUGGCUCCAGAGAGGGACCUGUAGUGCUCAGGGCUUUCGAGCUCCACAGGUUUCACCUUGGGUUUGAGAUAGGAAAAUCUGUGUAUUUUCAGGGAAUUCAUCUGUUUGGGGUUGCCUGGCCCCUCACAGAGAGCAGGGACAUGAAAUGGCACUGAUUUGGUUCCAGACAGAUCCCAGACUGGUUUGGGUGGGAAAGGAUCUUAAAAAUCAUCCUGUUCCACCCCUGCCAUGGCAGGGACACCUCCCACUGUUCCAGGCUGCUCCAGCCUGGCCUUGGGCACUGCCAGGG